AUGUCAUUAGAUUGUGAUGAAAUUGUGAUACUUGAACCUGGAAAUGGAUCCUCUUCUGAUAUUGAGGUGGAAGUGGAUGAAUUGUUUGGAACUGAAUUGUGUUUGAACAUUCCAGUAAAUUUGAAUCCUCCCCUCCUGAAUGAGGAAGCACCUUCACCGAUGUUUACUGAAAUAGAUUUUGAGACUGCACACUCUAUAUGUGAAGAAGGUUCAAAGUUGGAAGAAGGGUCGAUGUCUCUAGAAAUGAGUGUGGAUAACAUACGUAUAAGGUCAAAAUUUAGGACCAAAGAAGAAUUACAACUUGCUGUCAAGAAAUAUUGUAUUGCACAACAUUAUCAAUUUGUUGUAAUUGAAUCGAAUCAAGAUAUGUGGUAUGUAAAAUGCAAACAGUGGAAUGAUGGUUGCAAGUGGAGACUUCGUGCUCGUCGACGUAAAUCUCAUGGGAUGUUUGAAAUCAGUGUACUUGAGGAGGUUCAUUCAUGUUUAUAUGUCGAGCUUACACAGGAUCACUCACAAUUGGACUCAAAUUUUAUGUGCAGUGAAAUUCAGAAUAUUGUACGACGUGAUCCUAGUACGUCUAUAGCUUCAUUACAAGAAGUCAUAAAAAAAGAGUUUGGAUAUUGUGUGAACUACAGACGUAUGUGGCAAGCUAAACGAAAAGCACUAAUUAAAGUUUUUGGAGAUUGGGAAAAAUCAUAUGAAGAGCUCUCAUACUGGUUGAAUGCUUUAGUGCAUUAUAAUGUCGACACUCGAGUACUCUGGGACUUGAUACCUUCGAAUAAUCCUGGACAUCUUAUUUUUGGGCGAGUGUUUUGGUCAUUUGGUCCUGCAAUUGAAGGAUUUAAACAUUGUAGACCAUUAAUCCAGAUUGAUGGUACACAUCUGUAUGGCAACUAUAAGGGAAAAUUACUUAUUGCCACCACAAAUGAUGCAAAUGGGCAUAUAUUCCCUAUUGCUUUUGCUAUUGUGGAAGAGGAAAAUACUUGUAGUUGGUCGUGGUUUUUGUGUGCCUUGCGAAAUUUGGUUACCGAUCGAGAUGGAAUUUGUCUAAUUUCUGAUCGUCAUGGAGGUAUUUUGGCGGCUGUGAAAGAUAAGGAAAAUGGCUGGAGUGAACUAAGAGCACAUCAUCGAUUUUGUCUCCGUCAUGUGGCUAGCAAUUUCAACAAAAAUAUAAUUUGA